AUGAGUGAAUUCUCCUUAAAUGAGCAGUGGAAAACUGAAGUUCUGCCUCUUUACUCAGGAACCUCAAGCCUGCUACUUCCUUCCAGAAGACUUUUAGAAUUAGUGGUGGAAGAUGAUGUGCGCUUGGAGACGACCAAGCCAGAGGGAAGGCAGUGGCAAAUGGUGUUUCCUGGAGACCGAGCAGCAGCAGAAGGGGAGGAGAUGCUGGGAAGCUGCUGUGAGGCCAAGCUGAAAGGGGAGCAGGAUGAUGAUUGCUGCGAGGCCGAAGUUCAUCCAAACUCAAAGCACCAGGGAAAGCUGAAGGGCUUGAAGCCUUUUGACAAAUAUCUGGUGACUGUGUGGAAACCUGCAUCUGUGGGAAGUAACUGGCUUUUGGUUUGGAGCAUCAUCUUGUUGGCACACACAGUUCACAGCUGCCCUGAAAAAUGCCUCUGCUACACAGCCUCAAAGACUGCAGACUGCAGGAACAGAGGACUUACUGAAAUUCCUGCCCGUUUACCUCCCGAAAUUCAGAUACUACAGUUGCAGAACAACCGUAUCUGGAGAAUCAACCAAAACGCAUUCACUGCAACGCCGUUACUCAAAAUCUUGGACUUGUCUAAUAAUUCCCUCUCAAGUGUGGCACCUGGUGCGUUCCAAAAACUGAGGUAUCUACAGGUUUUAAACCUAACCAGAAAUAUGAUUCAUUAUAUAGAAAACAAGACUUUCAGUUUCCUCCCACACCUAAAAGAACUGGACUUGUCAUCCAACAGCAUUAUUCGAUUGCCUGAGACAUUUGGAAACAGCACAGGGAAUAUAACAUUGCUCUCUGUGAAGCAUAACAAACUUCAGAAAAUGGAAAGAAUUCUGCUGGAAUCACUUCCAAACCUGAAAGUGGUUCUCUUCAAAGAUAAUCCCUGGCAAUGCAAUUGUAAUAUCUUUGGCAUGAAACUGUGGCUGGAGAGUUUUCUAUACAGAGGAGGAAUUAGCGACGGCAUUAUCUGCUCAGCGCCAGGCGUUCGGAAGGGGAAGGACCUCCUCAAAGUCCCCUACGAGCUCUUUGGGGCCUGUCCUCUGAGGACAGCUCCCCUGCAGCCGGCCAGCAGCCACCAGCAUGGCUUUGAGCAGCGGAGCUGGCCGAAGCACGGCCACCACGGCGAGCCGGGGGACGGCGGCCGCGGCGGCUGCGAGCCCAAGGCCAGGCCCAGGCCCGUCAGCCUGCGCCACGCCAUCGCCACCGUGGUCAUCACGGGCGUGGUGUGCGGCGUGGUGUGCCUGAUGAUGCUGGCAGCUGCCGUCUACGGCUGUGCCUACGCUGCCAUCACGGCCAGGUACCACAAAGAGCACCCGGCCCCCGGCAGGCAGCACGGCGCUGCCGAGGAAAAAGAGCCGUUCGAGAGCUCCGCGGCUUGA